GAGAGAGUGUGUGUGCACGCGCUACAGACAUGAUGCACGGUACAGUUCGGUACUGAGAGACAACGAAGCCCAAAAAAAAACAAGGCGAAGAAACUCGUGGAGCACUUUCAACACAUUCGCCAUGCAGACGAUGAGAGGCAAGUCUCGGAAACACGUGCGCGUAGAAGAACUCGGGGCCACGAGAUUCGUGCGCGCUUUUUGAUUUUCCCUUAAAGCGUGUGAAAACCGCGGAACAGCCAUAAUUCCCGCUUCCAGUCGGACCUUGUGCGGGAAGUACGCGCCGUGUAGUUGGUGCGCAUGCGCAGUUGGGUCCGUUCGGCGCCCCUUGUGCUUUAUCUGCGAACAAGCCACCAUUGGUGAGUUUGGGUUCUUCGUCGAAGUUGUCCAGCUUUUCGCGGCUCGCACGAAUGUCCAGCAAACAAAGUCUGGCUCCCAGAUAAGACAAUCAGACUGCUCAUUACAGGACUGACUGUGGCAUAAUAGGGUUUGCACCAUGGAGGGUGAUGGAACUGAACUCACACUGGAAAAGGAGAGACUGACAGAAGAGGCAUGUCUUAUCUCCACUCCACACUUGGUGUCUCUGGUUUUGAAGCCAGGCGAAAUUGGCAAGUGUGGCAGAAACCAGACAAACCAACAAGUUACUUUGUCCCCAAUUACACUUACUCAAAGCUCAACCCAAGAAAGUCACACAGGCAGUGGCAUUAAAGUUACUCUGGAGAAUGAAUCGGUUUGGAGUCGGUUUCACAGCUUGGGCACAGAGAUGAUCCUCACAAAGCAAGGCCGGCGGAUGUUCCCCUGCUGUCGCUUUAGGCUGAGUGGAUUAGAUCCACAAAGGAAGUACUUUCUGGUUAUGGAUAUCAUGCCUUUAGAUGAUUUUACCUACAAAUGGAAUGGAAAGUCCUGGGAGCCUGUUGCAGUGGACGAGCCUCAUGUGCAGGGACAGAUAUGUGUUCACCCAGAGUCGCCAGCCCUGGGCCAACAGUGGAUGGAUAGCCCUGUGUCCUUUUACAAAGUAAAGCUAACCAAUGACUCCACGGACCAAGACGGCUGUGUGCUUUUGCGUGCAAUGCACCGUUAUCUACCACGGCUGCGUAUUGUACCUUUCGAUCCAGAUUCAGGUGGGACUAUUGUACUCGAUAGUCCAAAAGUUAAGAUAUUUAGCUUCCCUCAAACAGAGUUUUAUGCAGUUACCAGCUACCAGAACCCUCAGAUCACUCAGCUUAAAAUUGACUGUAACCCUUUUGCAAUGGCCUUCAGAGAAGACAGCCAGAGUAUUCGUUUGCUGCAAGACAAACUCAAGCCCUGCUCUUCUGUUGGAUCACACUUUCGAUCUCCUUUUCUAAGUUUGGCCCGGAAUCUCAGUGGAAAAAGGAAAGAGGGUGCAGUAAAAAGCACCAUCUCGACCUGUAUUCAAAACAACAGAAAAAGAGGUCUUUCUGCAGAAACAGAAACUCGUAAAGAGGGAGACGGCAUCUUGACUAAAAUGAAAAAUGCCAUUUUAAGUAGUUCAAAUGAUACCGACUGCAGUGAAAAUGACAGAGGAAAUGAAACCGGGGUGUAUAAAUGUCCAGCGGAACCUGUGCUGAAUGAGCAUGUGGCACCUUUGGAAUUUGAAACAAGUGUAACUGUGCCUUUAGAAGAACCCUUGCCAAGUGCUGAUGAACCGGUUCCUCCCAUAAGUAGCACUGAAAAUUCUAAAUCUUCUGAGUCUUUUGAGCAUGAUGUUAGUUCUCACAUAGGCUGCAAAGACAGUGACUCACCUACAGAAUCAUCCAUGUCUGCUCCGAGUCCUCAGACUCCAGGGCAAAUAAAGUCUGCUGCUGCUUCCAUGCCUGGACCACCUUUCCUUAAUGGUAGUCAAGUACAUGAGCGAAAACCAGGCCACCUGUUUAGACUUAGACGUUUUCAGAGGCGCAGGAAAGCUAAAUCUAAACGGUGGUCUAAGACAAAGUAUACAAAACCCCCUCCUGCAGUUGUGCCGCCUAGCGUUCCUUUGCACCCAGACCUUGAAGAUGUGGAGGGAAUGUUGUUUGUAUCUUUUGUUGCAAAGGAAGCCUUAAAUACUCCUGUUGAAAACAAAAAGGAAAGUGAAUCGUCUAUGCCUUCACCAUCUCCAACACAUGGUCCGUCAGAUAAUCAUGAAGCUGAAGAUGUCAAUCUUUCUGUGACGGAAAGAAUUGCCAAAUUGGAGGAAAUUUUACUCCUUCAUCUAAAACAGCAAAAACACAGACAGGUCAUUCACCCAUGCCUGCAAGACGUUGGCAUGAAGUUGAGCCUUCUGGAUCCAAAGUUACCUAUAGACUUGCAGUACCUUGGUGUGCACUUGCCCCUUUCUCCACCUCUUCAUGAGGGUUUGGAUAAAAUGAAUCCCAUGAGCCUGUCACCUUCUCCUGAUGGAGCUGGAUGUUUUGUGUCACGGACAGGGAAGACGAACGAUCCCACGAAGAUAAAAGGCUGGAGAGAUAAAUUUAAGACCAACACAGUACAGAGUGCAACUGAAGGUCUGAAAAACAGUUCAGCAUUCUGCAGUGAAAUGUUGGAUGCAUAUCUUGAAAACGAGGCCCAGCAAAUCAGCGACCGUGUUGCUGUGUUCUCUAAAUGCUCUGCCUCACCAGUAUCAUACCAGCUACCUUCAAAAAGCAGCAGUUAUGUGGUUACUCUGGAUAGUCUACUCAAGGCUAGAUCUGCCUCAUCGAAGAAGGACUGCAGCAAACCGACGGACAAAAUUCCGCCCAGAUCUCCACUUAGAGGAUCUCCGAACACUGCAGUACCUUUGUCUUCAGCAGGAUCUCAUUAUAGAUUACGAGGAAACCGAGAGAGAGAGAGAGAAUUUACACCUUCAUUUCAGGCACAUCAACAUGCAGUGUCUUCACUGCAAUCCAGCAAAUCCAGAAGAUUCGUUUCUAGAGGUGGAAUGAAGAAACAACCUGGCAGAUGGAACUCCAGUGCAGAGACAGCAAGACAUAUCAGUAGUGUGCAGAGUCCCACGAUCCCUGUAAAAGUCAAAAACAAGGUGUUGCUUCAAGAGUUCGAGAAAGAGGCAAUGUUUGAUGGUAAAGUUCGUACACACAUCACUACUGAGAGAGCAAAAUUUGCUCUUACCGCUGUGCUUAAUUUCAAGAAAUCAGGUAAAAGGCCUAGGUACAACAUGCACCAUAAAAAUGAGAAUGCGUGUCCUGAGGAUUUCUGUUGUUUGGGCUGCGUGUGUGAUAGCCUGCACAGGGAAGUCCGAGGGCCUACACACUGCCGGAGAGUUGAGUGCAUGUUUGAAUGCAGCUGUUUCAAACACAAGGUCCUUCUGCUCCACCCUUUAAGAGAGACAGCAAGUGUUCAGCGGGGAAGGAAGAGUGCAGUAAUGGCUUUUCCUAUCGCCGACCCAGAGAGGGAACCCAGACCACCACCUGCACCUAGUAUCACCACCUUAUGGAAAAGGAAAACAGGAGAACAUGAUCCUGAGCCAAUAUUUAUUCCAGCUCCUCCACGUUCUUCUAAAAAUGUGUCCCAUUUACAUACCAGUCUAAACUAUUCCUCUAAUCAGGUGCGGGAGGAAGAUAAAGAUCCUGUGUAUCUGUAUUUUGAGAGUAUGAUGACAUGUGCUCGUGUGAGAGAGUACAACAGUAAUCCACCACCUCAGAUACACAUGUUCCCCAGCAAAAAAGAAAUGACAGAAGAUGAAGAGCUUAAUGAAAUUGCAGAAGCAUCUAAUCUGGCUUCCUCUCAGAUAACAUCAGAAACAAAUCCCACUGAGAGUCCAGCAAAGCCCAAGCCUACUAAACUGCUGGAAAUCCUGUCUGAGUGUAACUGGGAGCCUCAUCGGAGUUUGGUUUUGAACACGCUGUUCCGACGCAUGAACAGCAACCUCCUGUCCGAGCCUUUCUGCUUUGGCAUGUACAAAAUACAGCUUCUUUCUACUAUCAUCAAAGGAGAAGACAGGUCCUCUACAAUUACUUACAAGGUGUGCAUCUCCCGGGCGGAUGAAAAGGAGAUGACUGAUGACUUGCAGCCGCCAGUGAAGAAGACGAUGAAAAAACAAAGAGUGAAAGGUGUUGAAACCAAAGUAUCAAAAACCUGUGAAACACAAGCUCAGAGAGCAACAGAGGACACUGAUUCUAGGAGAAUGAGUAGUGCAUUGGAGGAAGAGCAACAAAAAAAUCUCCUCUCUAAGAGACUGUUAAGGUCUUUGCCCUUCCUUACCCAUGCUGCAACUGUUGGUUGUCUCACGGCAUAUAAAAAGAAACCUGGAGGCCCUUCUCAUGGUCUAAUUAAGGUAAAUGGCAAAUCAUAUGCUAAAGCGAAAGUCCUUUUGGGCCAACUUGGAGCUUUACAUCCAGUGAAUCGCUUUGCAGCUUUCGUCACUGGCAGGCUACUGCCUGUAGGUCAGACUAAAGAUGUAGGUGAUGUCACCAAAGCUUGUCCUCCCAAAGCCCCUCUCAAGCCAAGUUCCCAAGCCAGUGCACCUGAGCCUAACACCACAUCCAAAAACAAAAGAUCAGACAUUAGUCACAUGAAAGCCAUGAAAAGUGUGGGCCCACCCCCUGGCAAAACUCCCAUUGUGCCUGAUGGCACCAGAUUUGUUCUUGUGCCAGUAACACCUUCCAACUCUGCAGCUGCUCCUUCAGCAGAAACUGUUUCUAGUUCCACCCUCCCACCUGGCCAGCAAGUGGUUCUGCAGCCUGUUCCAGGGUCAAACUUUUUAUGUCAGUACAAUGGCCAAAUGAUCCAACUAAAGCCCAUCAGCACUGAGCCUCAUGUUCAGCCACAGCCUAGUUCUGUCAGUGAAGGUAGCACUUCACAAGUUCUACAAACAGCAGACAACACAUGCCUGCCAAAAGACACCAGAUCUCUGCAGAUGCCUUUGAUCUCUACUCCUUUAUCAAAAAUUGUGCCCAAGCCUUUGUCGGAGGUUUCACCCAAAGUGCUCUCUCUGUCAGCAAAGAGUGGCAUGAACAUUGCCAGUGGCAUGUCAGCCUUUAAUUUACAGUCGAGUUUUCCAGGUAAAACAGGGACAUUCUCUUUUCGAAUAUGCCCGCCUAAUGGAGGGAAGCCUGUACGAUCAGAGCAUGGUGUUAAGUCUCCUGAACCCUCUGCUGACACUUCUCCUACUGUGCUACUUCCUGGAGGUUUCACCUUGAUUAAACUCUUUCACACUGCUGUGCCAGCUGUUCCUGCAAAUGUCACUUCGGCUGCUUUUCAUCCAGCUGAAAUCCCGCAGAAUGAUGAAAGUAUUAGGAAAUCUAUCGUACAGAGUUGCUCCCCCAGCCUCGAACAAAAUGGUCAAGUUUCAGAAAGCAUUUCCAAUCCAGAUCUUUUUGAAACAUCAAACUCCGGUUUAAGCCAGAGUAGCAUGGACCUUCCCUCAGAAAGUAUUAUCAAAGAGGAGUCUGAGGAACACUUCUCUGAGUCAGAAAAUACACUGUCGCCAAGCAAGUACAACUGGGCACCUGACGGUGCUGUGAUGGUACACACAAGUGAUAUGGAUAUGGAUAUGGAUGAUUGGCCACCCAAUGGAGCAGAGCGAAUUUUGUGGAUAGACUCUGCCGAUGAAGAGGAGGAUGAAAUCCCACCUGCAGUGGAAGCCAGUGAGUCAAAGACCACAACAACAGAAGCUAACUUUAGUAGCUGUGAUGAAGAGCCUCAAGUAGUUAAUCUGUGUUUUAAUAAAAAAGAGACUCCCCUCAUUCACAACAAGGAUUUGCCACCUAAAGAUGAUGUGUGUUCUAAAAGCGCUCCUGCUGAUGAACAGAAACUUUAUCUUGAUUCUAGCAUAUCCAGUAGUGACCAAGAAAAUGACUGUGAUCCAUUCACAAAUGCAAAUAUUACCAAACAAGAGCCACCGUUCUUAAUUCCCAUUAUAAAAAUUGACGAUAAUGAACCAACACAGAUAUUCUCUGGCUCCCAUAAUAGCAGUGAACAAGUUAUGUUUCAAGAAGAUUGUCCUUCAGUUCACAUUAAAAAUGAGCCAAAUAACACACCAUGUAUGGACAUGGCUGGUAAUGAGCCUGACAUGAAGGACCAAGGGCUUCUAGCUGAUAAUAGCACUUUACGUAUCAGUAGAAUAGAAACUUUAAACAAUCAAACAGCAGAGAAUACAUUUCUCAAACACAUUCCUAUCACGGAACAAAGGCUUGACUCUACUAGUAAUUACAUUAUAUCUACAGAAAUAGAAUCAUGCAGUGACUCACCAGGGAGACACACAUGCACCAUGCCUGAUAUUGAUAAACAGCAUAUUGUCUCAAAAGAUAUUUUACUACCUAUCAAUAAAGAGGAACCCUGUAUGAAUCAGCCAGUGACAGAAUUUCCACAAGACCUAAAUAAGCAGGGUGUGGGCUCUAAAAAUAGUUCACAAGUCCUCACUCAUAUGGAGUUUUAUAAUAAUCCAGCCAAGCCCAACUCCACAGCUCCACUGAAUGCUGAAGACAAUCAUGAGAAUGCUGACAUUGCUGGUAAUGCUCCAUGCUCUUUACUGGAUCAUCAGACACUUGUGAACUCCACGCCUACAGCACAUCCGCUAAACAUAUCUAAGACCACACUGACAGAGCUGUCUGAUGACGAAGACAUUGUUCUGGAUGUGGUGAACAUAAGUGAAGAUGAAGCUCCAUUUGAGUUUGACAAAGAUAAGGCCGAUUCAAGUGGCGAUGGUGAUGGGAACUCUAGUGUUGAAGAGGAUUCCAGUUAUGACUCCACUAGUGACAGUGAAACUACAGAUGACACUAUGGACAUGUCGACUGAAGAUGAUGAUGAUGACGUUGAGUCGUUUGAGGACGAUGACGGCAAAAGCAAUGAGAUUCACCAUAAAAUCAGAACAGCUAAAUUGAAAAAAAAGAUUAAGCAUCUCACAAACCUUAUAAGGAAUUCAAGAGAUGUGCCAGUGCAUGAGCUAGAAAAACGUCUGAAUCACACUGAAAAAGAGCGUCUUCGCAGAGAUGAAAUGCGUCAUGCCUUCGCUGCGCUGAAAAAAGCACUGAACGUUGAGGAACGAGUCCGAAUGUGCAACCACGACAUUCUAAAUCAGGCUCGACUCACGAUUUCGGCUCUCAAGGACCGGAGCCAGUGCUUAGAGGAAAGGAAAAAAGCCCUACUUCAGAGACAGUCUUCCUAUCUCCGCCAGAUUGCAGAACUAUCUGAAAAGAGCAAGGCCAGAGACAAGGCACGUUUGGAGAAAAAAUGUGCACAGCAAAAGCAGCUCGACUCCCAAAAAACUCAGCAGACAUCAGUUCCAGGACCUCUAGUAAACCGUCGACGGGUAGACAGUGAUGGCAACAGACUCCCACCACGUUUUGGACUCUGGAAAGCCCCUAAUUAUAUACGCAAAAGAUCCAAAAAGUCCUUGCGGCAGCCUCCUGUUCUUGCCACAGAGGCUGUGGACGAAAGUCCUGAUUCACCAGGCAAUCACACCGUGGGUGGACCUUUGGUUAAACCAGAGGAGUUGGUGCGGACAGUUAUCGCACAGAACCCCACUGUCCUACCUCCAUUAUGCAAAACCCAUCAAGAGAAAAUUGUCUCAACAGAGAAGAAGCCAGCAGAAAAACGAUCAUUGCCAAAGAUUGUGUUGCAGUCCUUCGGCAAGACUGACACCGUAAAGCUCACAAAUGACAUAAGAACAUCUCGAUCAAGUUCUACCGAAGUCUUUAAAUCCGCUGAACUGCUAACAGAUGGUAAUUUAGAUCCGCAAGUCCAAAACAAAGAAAUGGAAAAAGGCAGUGCAACAGGAGCCUCAAAUGUGAUGGAGAAGUCUCUAGUGGAAGAACACUCGAACACAGAGAGCCCAGCUCCGUCAUCAGAAGUCACUGGAAUUGAUGUCCAAAAUAAAACUUUGUCCAAGUUAGAGAACAAACAAGCCUCUUCAGCUAUGGUAAAAGUGAGGAAAAAAAGAAGACAGACUGAAGUAGUCAUAGAAGAGGCCUUAUCCAACCCUGAUGUCUUAGGACCCAGGAAACUGAGGCAAAGAUCCCCUGCAGUUACUGGAGGGGCCACAAGUGGAAGUGCAGCAAAUAAAAGAAAGAGGAUUAUUUAGAAGUGUUAUAGCGACUUGUGAACUUGCUCACACUCUGGCUUUGUUAGUAAUGCAUCUUUGACUUUUUGCUUUUUAAAGAAACUCAUUUCUCUGUAUAGACCUGCAAAGAAAUCAAGAACGGCAGUAUUCAUUUUGUGGUUGCAUCCAGUCUGUUAGAAGUGACUGUUUUUUUUUUUCUGUUUGUUUUUUGUACAUCUUCAGGGUACUGCAAAUACAGUAUACACUUGUGCCCAACCUGAGGAUUGUCAAGAAUACACUAGCAUUUGAAUAAAACAUUAAAUUAAUGUAUGCAUAUUACCUGUAAUCAUUUCAUGAGAAACCCAUAUUGGGGUACAGUUACUAAAAUGCUUUUCAUUUUGGUCUGUUCAUGAAUUCAUAUUUUGCUAAUAAGGGGUUCACAUGUAAGCAACGAAUGGAUUUACUCAUUGUAUAACACUUUUUUAAAUCACACUUUUUUAUUAUUAUCCUGUUGGGUCUGAUUAAUUAUUCCAAAAUACCUUCGGCAGUAUAAGUGCCUCAUGGGUCAGCGCACUGUAAGGGAUCAAAGUAUACAGGAAUAUAAACGUGUAAAAAUAAUUCAUUAAAU